UAAAUCUCCCGCUGUUGUGGCACAGUGGCGGCAACACGAGUGUGGUGUACACACGCCUGUGUACUCUCCUGCUGCUGCCGUGUACACGCUCCUGUGUACGCUCUCCUCCUGCCGUGUACACGCUCCUGUGUGCGCUCUCCUCCUGCCGUGUACACGCUCCUGUGUGUACACCACUCCUGCUGCUGUUGUUGCGGUGUACAUACUACUCCUACGGUCUACACGCUCCUGUGUACACUCCUGUUGCUGUGGUGUACACGCUCCUGCUGCUUCUGUGUACACUUGGGAUACCUGGCUACACCAUGUUCUCCAAGGCUAAACUGAAGCGCUUCAACGAGGAAAUAGGUUGUGCUCCACCACCAACAGCGUACAAUCCGAAGUUGAAGGAUUCCGUCCCUUCUGCAUCCCUGGACAAGUCUCAAAGAUGGAAGAAUAACAAAGAGGAAACGCCUGGACCUGGAGCAUAUGCAACAGAAGGGGUUUCACCAAUUAAGAGAAGCUCCACAUCUUCAUCUCGCUUAAAUGCUUCUAACCUUUCAACUUGUUCUAAUUCAUCAAAUGCUUCGGGCAGCAACAAAGUGUUUCUCAGUCCACCACGUCCAAGAGCACAGUCUCAUUCAUCGUUACGUGGCAAUCAUGGCCAGAUUAAAAGUGAUAGAGUGGCACAACUCCAAGAGCAGAUUGAAGAACUUGUUGAAGAAAGAAAGGCAAUGAGGAAAUUGAUAGCAGAGCUAGAAACACAAUUGAACACUUUAAAGUCCAAGAUAGACAGACAAGAAACAAGAGAUGCCGCAAUUAUGGUGAAUGACGACGACUUAUUCCAACUGGACCAGAAAGGGGAGGAGUGCCAAGCUGAGAUGGAGAGGUCAGCUGUGAGAAACAAGAGGCCUAACACAGUCUCCACUAGCAACAGUACCCAGACUAAUGAUUGGGAAAAACCCUAUGAAUUAUCAGAGAGCAAGUUUGAGGAUGAUUUUAUGUUGUUAAAAGAACAACUUGAAACGACAACAACUGCCUUGGUAGAAACACAGCAGCUCGUGUCAUCACUCAAUGAUGAACGUUCAGGGUUGCAACUUAAGCUGAAGUACCUUGAGGAAAGCGCUGAACAGAAAUCUCUAUCGGAAGAUGAGCUGCACGGCCUGAGAGAGCACAUUGAUCACCUGACACUGCUGCGUGAUAACCUAGAAACCUCGGUGCUUAUCAAGGAUGAUUUGAUAGCCGAACUCCAAGUGCAGCUUGAUGAAAUGGUGAUAGAAGGACGGGGCUACCAACAGCACAUGGAGAUGUAUAAAUGCAGGAUGGAACAACUCCAAGAGGAGAUUGAGAGCAGUUUUAGAGAGCGCAGCGAGGCUGAAGGUAAAGUAAGAGGCUUAGUAGCCCAGUACGAAGCUCUGAUGAAGGACCAGGUCGAGGAGAGAGACAGACAUCUGGAAAUACUGGCCAGGAAGGAUAUUGAAAUUGAGCUGCUCAGUGGUAGUUUAAAUGAGCUUAAUAUAAAAAUCACAGAAUACGAGAAGACGCUCUCGACUCUUCAGGAUGAAGCAAGUCAACAUCGUAAUAAGAUCUCCCUUCUCGAGUCGACUGUGUGUGAUUUCAAUACAAGUGCCAAAGAGAAGGAAGUUAUGGAGUCAAUGUUGGAGGAAGAACUGAAUCGUCGAACUGAAGAGGUUUGUAAGCUAGAAGAAAGCAUACAAGAAAUUCAGAUUUUGCUUCAUGGCGUUGAGGAAGAGAGGGGCAGCUUGUCUACUUGCCUGCAAACUGAAAAGAAAAGAAGUGAAGAGUUAAGUGAAAGAGUCCACCAACUGGAGAUGCAGAUGAAGGAGAAGGAAGUAGUACAACAGUUCCUAGAGAAGGAGAUCACCUCACGUGAGGCAGAGGUAUCGGAGUCAUCGGCGAAAGUUAAAGAGCUGGAGUGUGAUCUGGAAACUGCUCGUCAGGUUGCUUUGGACUUGCAGCAAGAAGCGGAAGUCCAGCUCAACAAAGUUCUCACGCUCAAAGCAUCAAUUAGUGCAAAGGAUUUUGAUAUUGAUGCCAAAGGAGAGCUAAUUGCUACGCUUCAGGAAGAGAUUAGUCACAAGGUUAAUGAAACUACCAUGUUGCAUGAAAAAUUCGAGUUCCAAUCCUCUGCAACAUCCAAGAUGGAAGAAUUACUGAAUGACAAGGAAGAACAGAUAGCGACAUUGAACAAAGAGCUUUCUUCAUUGAAGACUAAUUUGUCUUCCUGUGAGAAAGAUUUGGCAAGUUUAAAUAAUAAAACUUCACACUUAGAGGAGAGUAAUCAUCACUUGGAGGAGAAGGUGGUGGAACUCAUGGCCGAGAUUAGUGACAGAGAAGCUGAACACAUUAUCAAGGUAAAUCGCAUUGAAAGUGAACUGGAUGAUUUGGGUGUGAAAUAUUCCGAAGCUCUUCUAGAUCACGAGGCUACACGCAGAGUUCUCACUCAGACCUCGGAGCAGCUCGAGAAGGAGAACCUACUCCGCAUGGCAUCAGAGGCAGACAUCCAAAGCUUGAAGGAAGAAGUUGCCAAGUAUACAGAAGAGAACAAGAUAAUGGAGUCUAACCUAAAGGAUUUGGUUCAGAAAUAUACUAACCUGGAAGAUGCUUUAGCUUGUGAGGAGGCAGAGAAUCGUGACCUUGAAGACCGACUGGAAAGAGAGGUGCGACUGGCACAGGAAGCGGCAGCAACCGCACAGAAGGAUCUGACUAGUUUGCAAACAUCAAAUUCCGGCUUUUGCAUUCAGAUAACACAGCUCAAGAUUGAUAUGCGGAAAAAGUCACAAGCGGUUGAAGAGAUGCAGCAGUGUAUAGAGGCAUUGCGCGAGGAGAAGUUGCACCUGACAACUCUGCGAGACAAUUUAGAAAAGACCGUGGAAUCUAAAGAGGAUGCCAUUAAUAAGCUACAUCUUGAAGCAUCUACACUGGAGCGGGAGAUGGAGGAAGAGCGUGUGACCCUCAGGUCAAGAAUUGGCGAUCUUGAAAAUCAUCUUAAGGAAUCGGAAGAUAAAGUUGCCAAUGAUGAAAGAGUUGUAAAUGACCUGAAGAGAGAGAUCUCAUUCUUGAAGGAGGAGAACCUGAAGGUGUGCCAAUCAUUUGAUAAACAACUGGAGGACAAAACCCAUUUGUUGACUCAGUUGGAAGAUAUGGAGAGGAAGUACGAAGGUUAUGAGGAUCAGCUAAACAACUUGCAGACUUCAUUGUUAAACAAAACAGCAGAGGCAGAAGACUUGCAUAAAAAAUACAAAGCUUCCAGUCAGGCUCUGGGACUACUUAAGGAAGAGAUGGGCACAGCAGAAGUCAGCAUUAUUAACCUGAAAACGGAAAAGCAAUCUCUUAAUAAUACAUUGGUAACACAAGAUACAAAGAUGAAGUGUCUCUACAAGAGUCUAGAGGAAAAGAAAGCAGCACUGGUGGACUGUGAGAAGCGCUUGUGUGAGUGUGAAGAAAGUGAGAAGCAGCUGAUGAAAGAGAAAGACGAAGCUGCUGUUAACAUUUCCAACCUUCAGGAUGCCCUUAAUGCUACAAAGAGUCAACUGUCCAGAUUGGAGAUUACGUUCAGUGAGGAAAAGACAGCAGAGGUGUCUCGUGUCACUUGCACGUUGGAAGCAGAUAUUCAAGACCUGAGAAAUGCCAAUGCAGCAUUACAAGAGGAGCUCUAUUCCUGGAAAAACAAAUUCCAACACCUGGAAGAGAUGAUUGAGCCUUUCAGAGAACAGCUAGAUGCUUAUGAAAUUGAGAAAGCCAACCUCCUAGAGCGUAGUUCAGCAGCCAAGGAGGAGGUUGACAAACUGAGCAAGCAGUACGCAACUCUUCUAGGUCAUCAGAAUCAUAAACAAAAGAUCCAGCAUGUCCUCAAGCUCAAGACUGAAAAUGUCCAGCUUAAAGAAGAGGUGCAUAAACUUCGUCAGGAAACUGAGAGACAUCGGAAAAAUGCGAGACGGCUGGAGGACAAAAUGGCUCGACUGGCCGGAUCAAAUAGUCGCCUUAAUGAAACGUCAAAAUUGCUAAGUGACAAGGAAAAUUCUUUUAACGUUACUGGGGCAACGGCUCCUCCUCCUCCUCCACUGUCUUCAACACCUCUUAAAUCCAUCAAUAAACCACAGAGGUUUUAAUGGAGAGUUAGUAUUUAGUCAGUAUAUACUGUAUAUAUAUAAUAGGCCAUUUUAUUGCAGUUUAUGGAACUUUACUGAAAUGAUUGUUGCUGCCAAAUGUAUUACUAAAGUAGGUUUUGAGUUGUAAUAUGUAGGCAGGCUGAGAAGGGUGCCUGAUGGCAUAUCAUGUCUUGCCUGCCUACACGUGCCGAGGAAUGUGCCCGACGGCAUAUCAUGCCUUGCCUGCCGUCACAUACCGAGGAGUGUGCUCGAUGGUAUAUCAUGUCUUUUCUGCCUACACGUGCCGAGUUGUUGUUUCCAGCCUUGAUUUGGCAACCAUUUUCAAAUGUACUGUACUUUUUAGUUUUAACUGUGUUUUAAAAGUUUAUACAUACAUUAUUUUAACUUGAAAGAUUUCAAACUAAGAUCUGUAAUAAAUGUUAUUGAAAUUCAUUUGUUUAUCAUCAUUGGAAAGCAAAAUUGUGUUUAUCAAAUUUUUUUGGAUAAAAUUUGAUAAUCAUUCUAAAUCAUUAAAAAAUGUAUCCAGUUUUGAAACAUCUGAACUAUUGAAUCCUGUAUUAAGAGAAAAAUUGGAAUUUAGAAAAAACAUUUGCUAAUUUGGUAUUGCAUUUUAUGCUGUGCAUUGUGAGAAAAUUUAAUAACAAUCAAAUAAAAAUAACAAAGCU